AUGGUGUACACUUCGUUGACCGAGGCUCCUCACAACCUCAAGGAGGGCAUUGACUGGUUGAUGGCUGUGAAGGGAGACGAUGCUGGGCACAACUUGGCGGCUAUGGGUGCAGCUAUCCACAAGUUUCUGGUAGACAAGCCUGUUGGUUACACGGAAGUAGCGGCUCUCGAGAAAGUUAAACGAAUUUCCAAAGAGUUUCUGCAGCAAGAGGAGGUUACGAAGGUGCCAUACGUAAAUAAGCUACUUGAAAAAUUUGAUAAGCCCGUGAACAAAAACCCUGAUUGGAUAGCAAGAACAUUCACUCUCGAAGCUUGCGAUUAUAAAAACGUUGUGAAGACCGGGGGAGUCGAGCCUAAAGAGAUCUCACAGGACGUGGCUGACAUUGUUGGCGCUUGUGAGAAGUUCUUGGGAAACAUCAAGGCUUCUGACCAUUAUGAAUCUGCUUACAGUUCAGAAGCAACGUGGGAGGCAUCAUGUUCGAAAAAGCCAGAAGAUUGCGCAGCAGUGUUUGUUGGCAUAGCGCCUAUGGUAAACGCAGGCAUACGUUCUUUGCGUUUUGCGAGCCACUCUGAAGCCUAUAAUUGGUUACCGUUUAUAAAGACGGUGAACUUGAGGAAUGUAUUGAAAGCGUUGGGUUACGAUGAGUCGGAUAGUCGCUAUAAAUUGGGCGCUAAAGUUGUUUUUAAGGCGUUGCAAGGUGUAAGUUAUCGAAUGUUGCAAACACUAUAUGAACUCUCUGGCUACUGGGCUUUCUAUGAAUCUAGCACAACGGAUGUUGACGCUGAACCAUCCGUUGAAGGUGAGGGCGAACAGUCCUUGAUCCCCGAGGCUGAACCAUCCGUUGAAGGUGAAGGCGAGCAGUCCGUGAUCCCCGAAGCUGAGCCAUCCGUUGAAGGUGAGGGUGAGCAGUCCGUGAUCCCCGAAGCUGAACCAUCCGUUGACGGUGAGGGUGAGCAGUCCGUGAUCCCCGAAGCUGAACCAUCCGUUGAAGGUGAGGGUGAGCAGUCCGUGAUCCCCGAAGCGGAGCCAUCUGUGGAACCCGCCGGUGAAGAGCCUGUCAUCCCGGAGGCUGAGCCAUCCGUCGAGCCUGUGAAGCCUGAAGUCGAUGACAUUGAGAAACCUGUGAAGGUUGCGAAGGCUGCAAAAGUGGCGAGGUCUGUAAAGGCCGCCAAGAAAGCUGCUAAGAAGGUUUCCAAGAAAGCCCGCCAGAAAAAGGAGAAGAAACAGAAAAAGCAGCAGGAAUCCGCAGAGCAGUGA